ACUUGUAAGCCCUUCUCGUUUCUUUCUCUUCGGUGUUCAGCCGCUCUUCUUCCGCAUCGGUGCCUGUUGCCUCUCCCCCAGUCGUCGUCGACGCCACCCGCCCCUGCAGACACCGGCGCCGCCGCCUCUCUUCCUCUACCCAUCUUCAUUGUCGUCAGGAUAAACCAAGAAGCGUCGAAGUUAUUAUAUAAAGGGCUUCUCCUUUUCUACUAUUUUUGAAGCAAAAGAUGGGUAUAUUUGAACCCUACAGAGCAAUUGGAUACAUAACAAGCAUUGUCCCUGUGUCCGUUCAAAGACUUGGUACUGAAACUUUUGUCACAGUCAGCGUUGGGAAGGCCUUUCAAAUUUACAACUGUGCAAAGCUCAAUUUGGUUCAAGUUGGUCCUCAGCUGCCAAAGAAGAUUAGAGCUCUUGCUUCCUACAGAGAAUACACUUUUGCUGCAUAUGGAAAUGACAUUGCAGUUUUCAAGCGAGCGCACCAGGUAGCAACUUGGAGGAAACAUAAUGCUAAAGUCAAUUUCUUACUUUUGUUUGGGGAGCAUAUCAUUAGUGUUGAUGCCCAUGGUGAUAUGUACAUAUGGGCCUUUAAGGGGAUUGAUCAGAACCUUGCUCCAUUUGGGCCCAUGAAGUUAGAUGAUAAGUUUACCGUUAGUUGUAUAAUGCAUCCAGAUACUUACCUUAACAAGGUUCUUAUUGGGAGUGAACAAGGUGCGAUGCAACUUUGGAACAUCAGCACAAGGAAAAAAAUAUAUGAGUUUAAGGGAUGGAAUUCACCUAUCAUGUCUUGCAUAUCUUCUCCUGCCCUCGAUGUUGUUGCUGUUGGUUGUGCAGAUGGAAGGAUUCAUGUUCACAACCUUCGAUAUGAUGAAGAGUUAUUUACAUUUACCCACUCUACGCGGGGUUCUGCGACUGCCUUAUCUUUUAGCACUGACGGGCAACCUCUUCUUGCUUCGGGAGGUUCAUCUGGUGUUGUAAACAUAUGGAAUUUGGAAAAGAAGAGGCUCCAAUCUGUCAUAAAAGAGGCUCAUGAUGGAUCAAUAACUUCGUUACAUUUUUUUCCUAAGGAGCCAGUGCUGAUGAGUUCUUCAGAAGACAACUCUAUUAAAAUGUGGAUUUUUGACACAAGUGAUGGCGAUCCUCGCCUUCUGCGUUUUCGCUCUGGGCAUAGUGCUCCGCCACUCUGCAUAAAGUUUUAUGCCAAUGGGAGACAUAUUCUCUCUGCUGGUCAGGAUCGUGCCUUUCGUCUUUUCUCUAUAGUUCAGGAUCAACAAAGCAGGGAGCUCUCUCAACGGCAUGUAUCUAAACGUGCUAAGAAACUGAAGAUGAAGGAGGAAGAUAUAAAAUUGAAGCCUGUGAUUGCAUUCGAUUGUGCUGAGAUUAGGGAACGGGACUGGUGCAACGUGGUCACUUGUCAUAUGGAUACCACCCAAGCAUAUGUGUGGAGACUCCAAAACUUUGUUCUUGGUGAGCAUAUAUUGAAGCCAUGCCCCCAAAAUCCGACACCUGUAAAGGCUUGUGCUAUCAGUGCUUGUGGCAAUUUUGCCUUGCUAGGGACAGCAUGUGGUUGGAUUGAAAGAUUUAACCUUCAAUCUGGAAUCAGCCGGGGUGCUUACGUUGACAUAUCAGAACCUAAAAAUUGUGCUCAUGAUAGCGAAGUAGUUGGAGUUGCUUGUGACUCCACAAAUACCCUCCUGAUAAGUGCUGGAUAUCAUGGAGAUAUAAAGGUCUGGGAUUUCAAGGGACGUCAAUUUAAAUCGAGAUGGGGCAUUGGGCGCCCUAUUGUCAAGAUCAAUUACCAUCGUUAUAAUGGUCUUUUGGCUGCCGUUGUCGAUGAUUACACUAUACAAUUGUUUGAUGUUGUGAAUCUUAAACUUGUCCGUAAAUUUGAAGGUCACACUGAUCGUAUAACAGACUUGUCCUUCAGUGAGGACGGAAAAUGGCUUGUAUCUUCCAGUAUGGAUGGAAGCCUUCGAAUUUGGGAUGUAAUCUUAGCAAGACAAAUAGAUGCGAUACUUGCUGAUGUGCCUGUCACUGCAUUAUCCCUCUCCCCAAACAUGGAUAUACUAGCUACUACACAUGCUGAUAAAAAUGGAGUAUACCUGUGGGUAAAUCAGGCGAUGUUCUCUGGUGCUCCAAAUGUUGAUUCCUUUGCAAGUGGAAAGGAUGUUGUGAGCAUCAAGCUACCAUCUAUCUCCUCUACAAAUGAUUCUCAAGUUGAACAUUCUGAUAAGCCGGCAAAUGCUUCUGAACCUAAGGAUGUUCCAGGUUUUGCUGCUCAAGAGAAGCAUAUGCCUGAUCUGGUUACUCUCUCAUUACUGCCUAAGAGCCAGUGGCAAAGCUUGAUUAGUCUAGACAUUAUAAAGGCCCGCAAUAAACCUGUUGAGCCUCCAAAAAAGCCUGAAAAGGCUCCAUUCUUCUUGCCUACUGUUCCGUCUCUUUCUGGGGAAAUAUUGUUUGAGCCUGGUAAGUUACUAGAAAAGGAGAAAGAUAAAACAAGCCACGAAGCAGAAAUAUUUAAAAGUGCAGACAUGCCGCCAUCCCAAUUUCUUUAUCUUCUUAAAUCCUCAGCCGAAGGAGACAAUUAUGCAGCUUUUACUGAUUAUAUCAAAGGAUUAUCUCCAUCAACUUUGGAUAUGGAACUUAGAAUUCUUCAGAUCAUUGAUGAUGACGAUCAUCAAGAAUAUAAGAAACCAGAGUUGGUUUCGAUUGAACAACUUCUGGACUAUUUUAUUCAUGAGCUCUCCCGCAAAAAUAAUUUUGAGUUUCUACAAGCUGUAAUCAGGUUAUUUUUAAAGAUACACGGUGAGACAAUUCGGCAGCAGUCACAGUUGCAAGAUAAGGCGCGGAAGCUUUUAGAAGUUCAAUGCCUGGUUUGGCAGAAAGUAGAUAGAUUGUUUCAAAAUGCUAGAUGUCUGGUUUCUUUUCUGAGUAACUCACAGAUUUAGAUAUGAGUAACUCAUCCUGAAAUUUUCCAAUUUGAGUGGUAGUCUAGGCGCACGAUAAGAGCAGAUCUAUGAAAGAUGUUAUCUUAUGGGGUUACACAUACAUUUGGAGGCAGAUGGAAGGGUGGUGAAUGAUUCGAAGCUGGUGGACGAAUUCUUGUGAUGAUGUUUCAAGUUUUGUAGAUCUAUUUUAGCCCCACCAAAGGGUUAAAAAAGGAAUUUAAUUUUUUUCAACUGUCAUUUUAAA